CACAGACAUUACAGCUGCCUAUACUAACACUAGACCGUUCACUCCCGAUCAAGAAAGAAGACACGAACUCUGCGGCCGGCCGGUCAGCGAUGGAGAAGGUGACAAGGCUGUCGGCGGAGAAGGCGGUGGUGAUCUUCACGGCGAACAUCGACUGCCCGAUGAGCCAUACGGUGACGACCCUCUUCUCUGGCCUCGGCGUAGGCGCGGUGGUGCACGAGCUGGACAAGGACCCACGCGGCCGCGACAUGGAGCGGGAUCUCGCCCGCCGCCUCGGCCGCAAUCCGCCCGUCCCCGCCGUCUUCAUUGGAGGCAAGCUCAUCGGCUCCACCGACAGGAUCAUAUCGUUGCAUCUCGGAGGCAAGCUGGUGCCCAUGCUCAAAGCCGCCGGAGCCAUGUGGCUGUGACCGGCCCUCGGAGCCUCACCAGCCAAAUUUUGUUUGAAGUGAAACAUCGGCAAUUCCAGUUUUGGCAAAUUUUGGACCUCGCGUGCAUGAAUGUAUGCGUGCUUAACUUAAAUACGAGAGAUUUCCUUUUCCAAUAAAAGUGUACGGGAGAAUUAUUCAAGUAAUUUGUUCAGGUGGAUCGUCACGUGAGCAUAGCAUACAGUUUCCUGUACAA